UUUCGCCGCGGUUCUUUUUCCGUCUCUGUCGGUCCGAUGAAAAAUGAAAGGAACAGACGUACGACCGAGUUUCCCUCCGUGCCGCCACAGGAGAAUCGCCGGAAGUACCGGGGGAAACGUUUCCUUUCGGUCGCCCGCUGUCUAAUCUCGAGAUAUACCAUAUAUACGUGCCGUGUAUUUAUGCAAAUGUUGCUUUCCACGUAAAUCACGCCUUAUCUCUCGCGUGUCAGCAUCUGGGGAUCUCGCGGUAGGGACGUACACAUUUACAUCUUGUUACGCGUUUAGCAGUAAACGCGACAUCUUAUCUCCGUGUCGCAAUCAGAGGAGGAAGUGCCGAAAGAUAAAACGUAAAAGACACAGUUCUCUCCGAAUGGAGUGGCAUACGAACGCGUGCCAGUGACUUACAUUUAUAAUGUCGAACGACUUUUAUCCCCCGCGCGACUUUAUCGAAUCGGGCAGCUUGGCGAGCGAUCGCUAUUCAGCGCUGAAAAUAAAGACUCGUCAGAAUGGUGGGUAGCAUGCCCAGCGGAUGGAUGAGGAGGAUCCUCCUCUUCCUCGUCCUGAUGACCGGUAUCCUACUGAUCGCCAUGUACGCCCACGCUCCGCCGCUCGCAUCGCUCCAGCCGUUCGCGACGCGACGAAGACUAGAGGACUUGCAGCGCGGCUUGGUUAAUUACCUGGCGGGUAAUGAAACCACGAUCGGACCCGGGGAACGGCUCUACGAGUAUCUGGAAGAGCCUAGAACAUUUCAAAGUCCAUGGUCCUGGGCGUGUGUGGCGAAUCGUUGCGAGAGGCGAGCAGUAAGGUCCUCGAGGACAUCGUUGGCGACCUGCACCGCGCAUUGCGGAGGGAACACUCGGCUGUUGUGGCCCAGACCGACGGAGAACAUCGUUCUUGGCGAUGACAGCGUCAUUCUGCAUCUUCAGCAGAUCGAGUUUGUCACCGUAAAUACGAGCGAUCAGGAGACGAAGGAUCUUCUGGAGCAUGCGAAGGAUAUCUUCAUCGGAAACAUCAGGAGUCUGGUCAAGGUGCUGAACGCUAAAAGUCGCUCCGGUAUCGAUUCGUUCAUCGUGUAUCUGAGCGCUGGCAACGCGCGGGGAACUACCUUGACUCUGGAUACUGACGAGUCAUACAAGCUGGAACUUGUGCCGAAGGGGAAGAUUCUGGAGGCCAGGAUCACGGGGAAGAGCUACUUCGGGGUGCGGCAUGGCCUCGAGACCCUCAGCCAGCUGAUCUGGUGGGACGAGGCUACGGGCAAGCAGGGCGCUCUUCGCGUCCUCACGCGAGCCUCCAUCGAGGACAAACCCGUAUUCUCGUAUCGCGGCCUUCUCGUUGAUACCGGUAGGCAAUUCUUCCCCGUCGAGGAACUGAAGAGGGUCAUCGACGGCAUGGCAGCCACGAAGCUCAACACGUUGCACUGGCACCUCACCGAUUCCCAAAGUUUUCCGUUUGACUCGGCGCAGUUCCCGGAGAUGGCGAGAUGGGGUGCUUACAGUGGUGAUCACAUUUACACACCUGACGACGUGAAGGAUCUGGCCGAUUACGCGAGGAUACGCGGCGUCAGGAUCGUUGUUGAGAUCGAUUCUCCGGCUCAUGCCGGCGCCGGGUGGCAGUGGGGUACGGAACACGGUUUUGGUGAGUUGGCGUUAUGUGUGGAUCAGCAGCCGUGGUCGUCCUAUUGUGGCGAGCCAAACUGCGGUCAACUGAAUCCCAUAAAUGAGCACUCGUAUCGGAUACUCGAGGGCCUGUAUCGGGAGUUAUUAGAUCUCACCGAGGUGCGCGAUUUAGUGCAUCUCGGUGGCGAUGAGGUGAAUCUCGAAUGCUGGGCGCAAUAUGGCAAUAUCACCCUGGCUAUGCAGGCGCAAAAUAUGACGGACCAUCACGCGCUUUGGGCGGAGUUUGAGACGAAGAUGUUGCAGCGGUUGAUUCGGGCGAAUCACGACAAGGUGCCGAAAGCGGUAAUCCUGUGGAGUUCACCGUUGACCAAGAGGCCUUAUAUCAUGAUGUACUUCGACCCGAAGAUUCAUGUGAUCCAAUCCUGGGGCGGCAGCAAUUGGCCGGAAACGCCGGACCUGCUGGAGGACGGCUUCCGGGUGAUCCUGUCGCAUGUGGACGCGUGGUAUCUGGACUGUGGCUUCGGCAGAUGGCGAGAGAGCGGCGAGGCCGCGUGCGGCGAAUAUCGCACCUGGCAGACUGUCUACAAUCACCGUCCAUGGAAGGACUAUCCACCACAACAACUGCCUUUAGUGCUCGGCGGCGAGGCGGCGAUUUGGAGCGAACAGACUGGACAAUCGUCUCUGGGACCUCGACUAUGGCCCAGGGCAUCGGCACUCGCUGAACGAUUAUGGAGCGACCUACCGACAAACAGUUACUCCACGGACGAGAAUGUUUACACCAGACUAGCCAUGCAUAUAGAAGUCCUGAACAGCAGAGGCAUCAAAACGGAGUCUAUGUGGCCGCACUGGUGUUCCCAGAACCCCGGGAAAUGUCUCUGACCGAUCGUUAGAGAUCCGUUAACUAUCCAUCAGUCGUCCCCCGAGUAUUGUACUUGCGGCGCUGAUAAACACAUAAAAACGGAACUACACAAGAAGCGGCGACGUCAACCGCAAGUCCUGUCGGUAGGCGAAAUCGAUCUCAUCCGACGCGUAAUGUCAUCGCGUAUUCGUGAUUCAUGGGACUUUUCGACGAUGCAUAUUCUGCCGAUGAAACUGACAAUCGUACCCGUUCGAUAAAUCACUCUCGACGGCUUUUCCACUCGCGAGAAACGAACGCUGAAGGAUUCUUCGAAACGUUCGGUAAACAUCGAUAUAGCUAAUAAUCAAGACGCUCUCUCUGCGUAUGCAAUGGAUAUGCAAACAUGAUAAAGCUGCGAGGUCACGCAAACGGUAGCGAGUAAGACGUGAUUUUGAACUAACACGCAUUAACUUGAUAUAGAGAAACGCGUGGCUGGGACACGUAAUGUAGGACAAAUAACCUUAUGAAGAGGUUUGAAAUCAUGCUUUGAGCAAGCUUAGUUUUAUAAGCGUCUACUUAACGAAUCGAAUGAUUGUAAUCAAGAACCGCGGAAAUUCUAUCGAUGGAAUGUUUUUGUGAUUGUUAUGCGUAGGAUCGCUCGGAAACCGAACUGUGCAUCAUGAAUGUUACAGAUCUUUUAAUUCCUCUCGAUAUCUAGACGGUAUCAUUAUUUCGAGAGUAAAUUUGUUGUCGGCAAAAAUAAUAUAUAACGUUUGUGAAUUAUUGUAACGAAAUUAAUAUAUCCGUUACGAUGUUAUCGGUUAAACUGUUUUUCGCUUUCAGUUUUCACUGCGUUAAAGUACAAAAAUUUCGCGCUCGAGUGUUUCAAGAGUUUCCAGCACAAUACUCGCUUUUCGACAAAUAUGAUAUUCUAUCCCUCUCUUUCGUCUGUCGAUUUGAUGACGCUAGAAUUCUGAACAGUGCUCUGUUAUAUAUUAAUCAUUUAAUCACGUUAUACUGCUUGACGAUGCAUGAUUGAGACAAAUUGGGACAAUCGUGUCCUAAUAUCGAGAGAUGACGAGGCACUAUCUCGAUCGAGGCUCAAUUAGAGUCCUAGCAAGAAGGAGCCUGUAAUUAGCGAAUGAGAGAGAAAGUACGAUGGCGCAUAUGUACGCGGCAUCAACGAAGCUUAUUAUCGCGUUAUCUCUCGGAGCCCGGAGAUGAAUCGGGGAUACCGAAGCUGUCACGGUCGUAGACUAGCUUUAUCACUGAAACCAGCCUCAGCCAGGGGCAGUUUUAUAGCGCGUAAUUUAGCUUUUUAACAAUUGAGAUUACAUUACUGAAAGUAUAAGUAACGAAAAAAGCAUGUGUGUUUGUGUGUGUAUAAGUGCGUGUGCGUGCGUAUGUGUGGUAGUGGUUCUGAUAUUAUACCAUGAAUGUAGAUUGAGAGAAAGAGUCCUUGUGUGUUUGCGAUUAAUCUGUAUUAAAAAGUAUGUAUGAUGAAAACGCUUGAUGUCAAAGAGCUUGAGAUUCGCUGAUUCGUCAGCGUGCGACGCUAAUCGAACUUUCUACUUAUCGUCAACGUAAAAAUGCUCAGGGCAGAGUAAUACAAUCGUUGGACGUUUCUUACGCGCGCGGAGAACAAACGAUACGUCCGAGGAUCUCUUACUUUAUUUCUUGAACAAUGCUAAGAAUUUUAUCUCAAAUAAGAAUUGAGUUUAAUACUAUUAUAUUAUUCAUCGAACGGAUAUUGUGUUCAAUUAUAAUUCGUGAACAUGAUCGGUUUGAAACAGAAACAGUCAAUAUGGUGUGACAACGUGUUUUUAUUUAAAAAAAAAAUAAUGAUAAAAACUAAAAAUUUGAUAAUUUUGUUUCGAAAAAUAAGAGGCAUUACACUGCACUGUAUACUACGUUAUUUUUUAUCUAAUAAUGAAAUUGCAGAGAUUUUAUUAUCGUGUUCUGAUUUCUAAUUGAGUCCCGCGCUCGGAAGAUGACGUCCGUAUCAUCACGAAAAAUUUGACUGAUAGAACUUACGCAAAGAAACUCGCCCAAAAUAUAGUAAUUCCAAGAUGCAUGCGAUCGUCUAAGCGAUGCGAGUGAUUACGAGCUGAGAAGUGAGAAGCGCGUGAAAUUCGCCCCCCUUAAUCCGUGUAGUACAACGUGGCCUAUGAAUUAAGAAAACGCGAGUGGUCCUUGGAAACUUGUACAUACUUCGUAACGACGUAGGGAGCAACUUAUAAUAUAUAGAUAGAUAUGUAGAUAGACACAAAUAGCUAAGAUAGUUAGGUGAAUCGAUAGACGGUUAUUUAGGCGAAUAAGUAGACAAAGACAAAUAGGCGAAUCGCUCAUGAGGGACGAUGGGGGCGAGGAAAUGUAAUGCGAGUUCAGAAGAAGAGACGUUGGGAUAUCUGUACUUACCGAUACUUACCGAUAUUGAUGGCUGUAAGAGGAAUUAAUUCUCCUAUGCGUUUGUAGAUACGAGAUACAAGAUCGUAAUAACGUAUUUCGGAUAAUAAAUAUUAUCUUAAAUUAUGAUGUCACUCGCAAAGAAGUAUAUUUAAAUAAUUAAUAAAAUCUGAUAGAGGGAGCAGACGAAGAAGAGAAAGAGAGAGAUUUAGAUUUAGUUGAAGCAGCGUCUAAUUUUCGAAAGAUUAGCAGCUGUUGUUAUGUAACUUUUCUAUCAUUUUGCUCGAAUAUUUUUGUGACAUCAUAAUGCAAGCUAAUAUAGGUACUGAGGAUUUUCAAGAUUGAAGUUACGCGCACGAAUUACUCCUCCGGUUAUUUCUUAUGUCAAGUUCAUCUUAAUAUCGAUUAACGAAACAGGGAUCGAUAGAUGUGGAAGUAAGCGUUACGAGUAAUAAUAACAAUUUAUCGGUUAUCGUUGAAGAAUAAGAAUUUUUCGCGAUUAGGACGGUGAUAUUUACGGUACGUAUACUUACGUUAUGCGACUCUCUUCGGUCCGCAACGAUGAAUGUAUGUAAAUAAGACACAACUGUGAGUGUGUAUGUGCGCGUGUGUGUGUCUCGACAGUUUUUCGAACUGAUUCGAGCAGAAAGAUAUACUCUGUUAUGACGUGUCUCUUACACGGAUUUAACAUAAAGUGAAUUUUGAAUACA